AGGGAGUAUUGGAGGAGGGAGCAAGGAUGUCCUAAAAUGGACACCGAACUCCCCUGGAUUGCAUCACAAUUCUGCUUGGAAAGCUACACCUGGUUGCAGUGAGCAGAGGGUUGUGAGGUCAGACCCAAGAGCACACUGGAAAAACCUGUAUGUGUGAGAAGCAGGAAGACUGUUCACCAUGAGACCGAUGCGUCUUGGAGGCUUAUGCUACUGAUGAUCCAAAUAACCGUUAGCAAUUUCCACAGAUUCGGUAAGAGGAGGAGGUUUAGCGGGUGCAGUUUGACCUCUGAUUGAUUAUAGGGCAUUUAAGGGAGCUGUGGAGUUGGCUCGAUACAGUUUGAAUAUAACUGCUUUGUUUUGCAAGACAUACAGGAUGGACAAUCAUAAUGUAUUUUGUCCUUUUUCUGGAUGAUGAACUAACCUUGCCAGGAAUAAUUGAGGUUAACAAUCCGAUAUGAGCAAUGGACGAUAUGUGCCUAUUGCAGUAUGCUAUAAGUCUUAAAGGGAUGCAUUUAUAUGGAUAAUAAAAGAACUUGUGAUUUAAUGCUAAAAGAUUGCUGUUUUUCCUUACUUUUUGGAAAAUCAUACCAUAAAAUCAGACCAUACUUUCUCUCUUUAAGUUUUAAAAAAGUUACUUUGAGGGUCUGCAUCAAUAAUCCUUUGAAUAAGGUGAAUAAUUCAAUAUAUAACCAUCUGUGUAUGGUUAGAAAAAUAGAACUAUAUAUAUAUAUGUAUAUAUAUGUGUGUGUGUGUGAUAAUAUAAAUUAGAUCAAUAGAUACAUGUAACUAGUGGGGAACGUAUUUAAUAGUAUUUUGUAUUUUUCUUGUCUUUCAGAAAGAGGUGUUGACUUAGUGGAGAAUGGAAAUUAUGCCAAGGCAGUAGAGUUUUUUAGUGAAGCUAUUCGACUAGACCCUAAAGAUUACAGAUUUUUUGCUAAUCGUUCUUACUGCUAUGAACAGUUAAAGCUCUACUCUGAAGCACUGAAGGAUGCUGAAAAUUCUGUCCAACUUUCUGCUGUUUACGCUAAAGGCUAUUUCAGGAAAGGACGAGCUUUACUAGGCUGCAAUCAUUUUUUGGAAGCUGAAGAAGCCUUCAAAAUGGUUCUGCAGCUGGAUAAAAACUGUGAAGAGGCUGUGAAAGAAAUGCAUACCUGCCAAAUAAUGAGGCUCAUGGAACAAGGGUUUACCCAAGAACAAAGUAUGUAUUUGCUGGAGGAAUAUGAAUCCGUCACUGCUGUCUUGGAAUCUGCCAUUGCUGCAGAGGUCCUAGCCGGAAAUAUGAGAGCAUGCCAGGACGAGCAAGUGGAAGAGGAGAUUUAUCUUCUGAAUGAUACGCCUGAAUCUCAAAGCUGUUCCUUAUGGGUGGGAAAUAUAACUGAUCAAGUAAAAGAAAAUCAACUGAAAGAUCUCUUUAAAAAUCAUGGGGAAAUUCACAGCAUUCGACUACUUAGUGAGCGUUUUUGUGCGUUUGUUAAUUUUAAAUGCCCUGCUGCUGCAGCUAGAGCGCUGAAUGCACUGCAGGGCAGAGAAAUAGAGAACACAAAAUUAUUAAUUAGAUAUCCAGACAAGCCUUACAGACCUUCAACUGUGAGCUACUCUGAAGCACAAACCAAGGCAUCUUUCUUAAGUUCUAAGAAGAAAGGAGCAGCCAAAACAACAGAAUGUUUCUACUGGAGAUCGACCGGUUGCAGUUUUGGAGACAAGUGUCGCUACAAACACGUUCCAGAGAACAGAGGUGUGGACAGAAGACAAUGGAAAUGCUGAACUCUGAAUAACUGUUGCAUUUUAAGAAAGAAUAGAAUCUAUCAAGUUCUAGAGAUCAACGCAAAAAAAAAAUGUUUCAAGUGCACUUUAACGAGACAUACCUAGGGUACACCACAAUUUGCUCUUUUAAAACGCUAAUAGUUCGGCUUUCUUUGCACACUCACUUUUUCAAUACCUGAGCUUUUAUUCUACAUACAGUAUUGUCACCAAGUGAUCAUGCAAACGCGAUGGAUUGCGCUUUUUUUCCUAUAGAUGUCUAGUCUCUGAUUGGUACACAAUAUCCGCAGCGAACUUUGGACUAACCAACUCUGUAUUGCCGCAUUAUCUGGUGGAUGUUUGCACACGUUACGUACCAGCUGGUACACAUCGUACUACUAAAAAUGCCUUGAUUGAACUCAGAACUGAGGUUUACAAUUUCUUUGUACGGAACAGGCAACCCAAUGAGAAGUGAAAAUAGGUUUCACACUGGACUCUGCAACUAUAAUAGUGUUUUGUGACAAAACUACUUUAAUGAAUAAUUUCAAAUCUGGGUGAUCAUUAAUAAUCACAUCCAUGUGCUAGUUAGUACAAAUUGCUUAUGAAAUAUAACACUUAAGGACCAAGGUGUGAUGCCAUUUGACUGAUGAAUAAUCAUGUCCAAAAAAGCUUGUUUUUAAGAAAAAAAAUCAAUGUGCCUUAAUUUUUUAAAUCUAUUUUCUACAAAUAUUUGGUACAGUCAUACUAUAUACCAGAAUGUAUUGUUACUUAUUGUCUUGGCCAAUAAUUGCCUGUUUAACAUACUCCUGUUUGGUCUGGCAGUUCAUUGCAUUGUGCCAACCUUGUCAUAGAGGCAAUUUCUCUUCGUUUUAUGCUGAUUAAGAUGUUUGCUAACUUUGUAUUGAUCUUACAAUGUGUUUGUAGAUGUUGUACAGACACUAAUAUAUUUAUUGCGUUUGUGUACACUUAUGUGAUGGAAGCAAAGAGAAAGGGAAGAUUUGUGCAAUUAAUUUUGCCUUCCUUGAUUACUGUAGACAUUUGUAUUUAUGGUCUGUUUUUCUUUUUACAUUAAAGGGGCACUGAACCCAAAUAUUUUCUUUCGUGAUUCAGAUAGAGCAUGCAAUUUUAAGCAACUUUCUAAUUUAUUCCUAUUAUCAAAUUUUCUUCAUUCUCUUGGUAUCUUUAUUCGAAAUGCAAGAAUGUAAGUUUAGAUGCCGACCCAUUUUUGGUGAAUAACCUGGGUUAUUGUUGCUGAUUGGUGGAUAAAUUCAUCCACUAAUAAAAAAAAUUCUGUCCAGAGUACUGAAUUAAAAAAGAAGCUUAGAUGCCUUCUUUUUCAAAUAAAGAUAGCAAGUGAACGAAGAGAAAUUGAUAAUAGGAGUAAAUAAGAAAAGUUGCUUAAAAUUGCAUGCUCUAUCGAAAUCACAAAAGAAAAAAAUUGGGUUCAGUGUCCCUUCAAGCCAUAAAAAGUAUGCAAAGCAUAUAAAGUUUUGCAUAUAAUUUCUAUUUUUGUUUUUAUCAUGCGAAGUGCAAGCAUGUUUUAAGUAAAUUUGUUCGGAAGGAACACAUUUUUUAUCCUUGUGGGAAGUGGGUUACGCUGUUGUUGAAACCAUUUUAAACUUCUUUUUUUUUAUUAUUCAUUCUUUUUAUAUAUAUAUUUUUUAUAAUUACAAUUGAAUUUACCUUUUUGUUUACCAAGGGUUUUACACACGUUGUUUUUGUGUGUUUUUUUACUCUUGAAUCUGUGGCAUCUGGGUCAUUUCGCUGCCAGAUUAAUUAGUGCAAAAGUACAACUCACAAAUAUCAGUAUUUGCACAGAUAUUUGUGUUUGUUGCACUUUUACACUAAUAACGCCAGAGCCAAAACGACCCAAAUGCCGCAUACUACAACCAUUUAUGGCAUUCGUUUCACUAGAAAACGCAAAAUCCAGAUAUUAGCACAUCCCUAAAAUCUACUGUUUCUUUACUCCAAUUUGUAUGAAUAUAGUCUUUGUAUGUGUAAAGACAGUGUAACUGGAGGCCUAUUGAAGCUAAACAAAAGCUUACUUGUUUUCUUGAUAACGUAUUCUUCUUUUAAAGGUGCUUUUUUGUGCCCUCCAAAUGCCCACUCCCUGAAACUAUACCCGUAUAGACUAGAUUAGCUGCAGAGCUGAUAGCAGCAGUAAUUCACUGGGGCAAAUAAAAACAUUUCUAAAUUAAAGAAAAAUAAAAUGUCUUCUAAUCCAUAUAAUGUAAGGGACAUUUAACCGAAUGCCCCAUUAUUUUGCCUCCAGGGGAUUUUAACCCUUUCUAACUCAUAAGAAAAUAAUGAUACAGGCACAUUUGAAUAUAUUGUUCUUAACAGACAUUGCCAAACUGUAAUGAUUUAAA